AUGCACAUGCAGGGGGAGGGGGCGGUAACGCGAAACCCCCCUGGUGGCGACCCGAUUGAGAGCGGGGAAGCGGGGGGGCCGGGCGCAUCCCAUCCCUCCUUCAGCCCAAAGCCCCCGGAGCUCUCAGAGCCCCCGGGGGACCCCCUGACCCCUUCAGGGGACCCGCCGGGGCCCAGACCACCUCCGGAGCCCCCCGGGGUGCCCGUGGACCCCUCGCCCAACCCUUCCCCGCCGAUAGCCGACUUAGCGCAAGAAGCGGAGGGACUCGCACGGUCCUUUUGGGAGGGGCUGGCGGCAGAAGCUCGAAAUAUCGAGAGGGCAAGUGCGCGGGCGAGCGGCGGAGAGGAUCCGCCGCCCUACCCGUUUGAAUAUGGCGCGGGUGGCCGGGGAGAGGGGUGGAGCCCGCCGGCUCACGGCGGGAAGAACCCAGAACCGCGGCCAGCCGCGAACACGCAUGCGCGGGAAACCAGCGCUGAGCCCAUGCCCGGCCGAGAGCCGUGGGUCCCAGCAGACGCGCAUGCGUGGGGGUGCAACAGAGGGCAGGCACUCGCUCGGGAGCCGCGCCCACUGAUGCCACCAUAUAUGGGAGAGAUCCCUCCCUGCGGGAGGCAGGGCGAGCCCAGGGGGCGGCACCGCCAGCAACAUCAGCACCGCCCCCGAGGGGAGGAGCGGGGCCGUAGCCGGACAAAACGGCAGCAGAGGCCGGAAGUAUAUUGGCAGUCGACUUCCGACUCUGAAGGGAGCCACAGCUCCCCAGAUCGCUCUGCGGAGCCCACCGAGUCCAGCAGCGACUCGGAAGCAGAGAAAACAGAAUCAAUGCGGUUUCGGACGAAACCAAUUAAAACUUUUAACACAACCGGGAACCAGCCCCAAUACGAACUCACCGACUGGGGUAAAAUCAAAAUCGAAUGCGCGGAAUGGGCAUCCGCAGCAUCGGUGCAUGCCUUCCCGCCAUCCCUGAAGGACAGCCAUGCGCAGUACUGGACAUCAAAGACUGUUUCUUCUCGAUACCCCUGCAUCCAGACGACAGAGAACGCUUUGCCUUUUCCGUCGCGUUUCCAAACGGACAUGCUUAUCGGCCGUCCCCGGGAUGCGUACGUUCCCCUCCCAGAGGAAAGUGACAGCCCACCGAGCCACCGGACAGCACCUGAGAGACCCACACGGGCGAGACCCAAGCAAGCGCGGUGUUUCUGCGUGAUCAUGCUAUUGGGGCUUGUCACCGGAGGACAAGCCAGCCCAGACUACUACCCUCAUCAGCCCUUCAGGUGGGUCAUGCAACACGUUGCUGGUGACAAGGUGCUCAGAGUCAUCACCACGCCGAACGCCCCGUCCUUCAUGCUUCACAUCACCGACCUGUUUCCAGAACAACCAAAGGUAGACCCCUAUUCUUCACACGCCACACACAUGUACCUAUCUUACUGGUGCCCAGCCUCAAACCCAGGAAAAAGUUAUUGCAAUCGCCCAGGGUGGGGAUACUGUGGACACUGGGGCUGCGAAACAAUAGUUACAGACGCCAGGCCGUCAGGACCUGGGUGGGACCCACAAGAGCCCGACAAAUUCCUACAGUUCACCUGGGCGCCCGCAGGUUGCAAAACACCCGUCUUCCUCCAGGGAAGUUUCUAUCGAAACCAACAUAAAGUCCCCAAAUUUCGGAAAUGCACUCACUAUAACAUGACAGUUCUGCAGCCGAAUCACCCUAGCUGGGCCGUGGGCAAAGCAUGGACGGUAGUCCUUCAAGGGUCAGAAAAGUGGGUGAAUGUGCGAAUUACCAGAUUCCCACCGUCAGCACCCAGAGCAGUCGGGCCCAACAAAGUGAUCAAAAGCACACAGAAAGGGAAAAAUAUGACCUACCCCAAACCCUUACCCACAAGGGUCACCGACGUCCUGACUGGCGAUGAGGAAGCCUUCCAGAUAGGCCAAUCAGCCAGCUCAGGCUCGAACCCAAUCCUUCGCAUGUUAGAAGCUACCUUUUUAUCCCUAAAUGAAUCUAACCCGAACCUAACUGAGUCCUGCUGGCUUUGUUACGAUGUUAAACCCCCCUUUUACGAAGGAGUCGCUUUAGAUACCCCUUUCAGCUAUUCCACAGCCGAUGCCCCUCGCCAGUGCAGAUGGGACACACCCCGCAAAGGAAUUACCCUGAGUCAAGUCACAGGUCAGGGCAGAUGCUUCGGCAAUGCAACCCUAGCUAAGCGGAAAGGCGACAUCUGCACCGAAGUAGUCGAGCCCGACAGAAAAAAUAAUAAGUGGGUAGUCCCAUCCACAUCUGGGAUGUGGGUUUGCCAGAGAUCUGGAGUGAGUCCCUGCAUGUCUCUUGCCAAAUUCGAUAACUCUAACGACUUUUGUGUUCAAGUUCUGAUCAUCCCUAGGAUCCUGUACCACUCAGACGAAGAGGUGUACCACCUUUCCGAAAAUAACAACCGGCUCCACAAGAGAGAAAUAUUAACAGGUAUAACUAUCGCAAUGCUGCUCGGCCUAGGAGCAGCUGGAACGGCAACAGGUGUCUCAGCCCUAGCGACUCAACACCAAGGAUUGUCCCAGCUGCAGAUGACCAUCGAUGAGGACCUGCAGAGGAUCGAGAAAUCCAUUUCCUUCCUAGAAAAGUCAGUCUCUUCACUCUCAGAAGUGGUCCUGCAGAACAGGCGAGGACUGGAUCUCCUGUUCAUGCAGCAAGGGGGCCUGUGUGCCGCCUUGAAAGAAGAAUGCUGUUUCUAUGCUGACCACACAGGAGUCGUUAGAGACUCCAUGGCAGAACUCCGAAACAGACUGGCUCAGAGACAGAAAGACAGGGAAGCCCAACAGAACUGGUUCGAAUCCUGGUUCAACCAAUCACCAUGGCUAACCACCCUGAUUUCUACCCUAAUAGGUCCAUUGGCAAUACUGCUUUUAACUAUUACCUUCGGGCCAUGCCUGCUGAACAAGCUAGUCUCAUUCGUUCAGGCCCGCAUAGAACGGGCUAACAUCCUGUUCCUGGGACAGCCACAAUUCCUGUGAA